UGGAGGGAAAGGCAGUUGUUGGCGGCGGAACGGGUGAGUGAGGCAGAGGGGAACUUCUAUUCUCUGCAGUAUAGGAUUCAGAUUACGAGCCGGUAGUACUGUGCAAGUACAGCCUUGUCCUGCUUCAGGACAAAUAGCAAGUGAAAAACCAUCCGUGCGCCGAAGUUCAGGGCACCGAAGAAGAGAGAGAAGCAGGUAAAAGGAGGAGUGAGAAGGAUUUAAAACGGGCAAGUAGUGCCUGAGGCAAGGAAACUGAGGCACCAGUAAAGGAAAGCAAGCAAGAUGACUUGGGCUGUUGGCAGGAGAACGUGGUAGACUGCCUACUCGUACGAACAGAAUAAGCCGUUUUUGGGGUUGUGGAGGGUGUACAUUGUAACCCCCUCCCCUCCACAAGAGCCGCCAUAUUGAAGAACGCAUUUUGAAGUGUUUUGUGUUUAGAAGAGUUUCGCGCGGCUUGAAGUAGAGCCCCUUGUUUAUGUGUUUCUGUGCGAAGUGUUACCAGCAAUAUGUAUAAACUGUUGGGAGGUCUUAAGGACUACCUGAAAUGGCAGGACAUAGUGACAGACAACGCAGUGUUCAGGCUGCACAAUUUGUUUACCACGGUGUUAUUGCUCACGUGUUCCCUUAUCAUCACUGCCACACAGUACGUCGGGAACCCUAUUCAGUGCAUUGUUGGCAAAGGUCUUCCUACCAACGCGAUCAAUACAUACUGUUGGAUUACGUCCACCUUCACGAUGCCUGACGCAUACCUGAGAGAGGUAGGCAGUCAGGUUGCUCAUCCAGGCAUCGCCAACGAUUACGGUGAGGAAGAACACAAGAAAUAUUAUACGUACUACCAGUGGGUGUGUUUUGUGCUGUUCUUCCAAGCACUUUUGUGUUACUUGCCGAAGUACAUUUGGGACACUGUGGAGGGAGGCCUCAUGAGGUCCAUCGUCAUGGGACUGAACAUCGGAGUAUGUCACGAGGACGAAAAAUGCAACAAAAAGAAGAUUCUCAUUGAUUAUCUCAUACGUCACGUGCGGAGGCACAACACGUAUGCCAUCCGCUACUGGAUGUGUGAGGCACUGUGCCUGGUGAACAUCAUUGCACAACUCUACUUCAUGGACCACUUCUUCGAUGGUGAGUUCAUCAGUUAUGGGCUGCGUGUCAUGACAUUCUCAGAACAAGCGCAAGAAGAUCGUGUUGACCCCAUGGUGUACGUAUUCCCACGUGUCACCAAGUGCACCUUCCACAAAUAUGGACCUUCUGGUUCAAUCCAGAAGCACGAUUCAUUAUGCAUCCUCCCUCUCAACAUUGUCAAUGAGAAAACGUACAUAUUCCUUUGGUUCUGGUUCAUUAUUUUGGCAACCCUGCUGUCACUGUUGCUUCUGUAUCGAGCACUCAUAAUUGCCGUACCGAAAGUGAGACCGUAUUUGCUCCACGCGCGUAACAAGAUGGUCCCCCGAGAAGUGGCCGCGGCAAUAUCGCGGAAGACGGAUGUUGGAGACUGGUGGAUCCUGUAUAUGCUUGGUCGAAACAUGGAUCCGGUCAUAUACAGAGAAGUCGUUGCAGAGCUGGCCAAGAAAAUUGAGACAGCUGCCAGUAAUGCACCCUAAGUAUUAAUUAGUGAAGGGAAGUGGCAGGUAUUGUUAAUGAUAUUCAUUUUUGAUUCCCCGUAAUCUGUAGCACAUUCCCUUUUGAGGGUUACUGUGCUGUAAUCAAUUGCUCACCUAUCUCAUUAAUUAUUCAUAUUUGCAUUGAAAAUAAAAUCUCAGUUUUAAGAGACGUAAUUGGUUGCCUAUAUGUGAUAUAAAGUUGGGGUACGUGUUUUUAUAGUUAUUAGAUGUUUUGCUACACAUUCAGUGGUUCUAAAGUAUCGCAGUAGUGGAAAAAAGAUGGCAGUCACAUAGCAUUUAAAAUGAUAAAGUCUUGACGAAUAAAUUUCUGUAAAUUUCGAGUGUUCGAUAGAGAAUUUAUGUGUCGUGGUACGAGACGCUUUUGAUAAUACUAUCUUAGAAAUCAAACCAAAAUUGUACGUCUUAACUAAUGCACAAAUGAUCAAAUGUUUUUUGAACAGAUGUUAUAACUUUCCAAAAACAUGUUCAGAAGUUAACUAAUCUUCCUAUAUAUAUAUAUAGUUUAUACAAGUAUUUUUUCCAUUGAUAUGAGAAUGUAAAAUUCAUUUAUAUGAUAAAUCAUUAUAUUACGUAAUAGGAAUUGUUGUUGAAGACUUCCUAUUGGUGUAAUUUCACUGGAGAGUAAUAUGUAUUGUAUCAUACGAUUAUGACGAUGAGAUUAGGGUGGUGUAUGCAUGCUUAAACAGCUGUUAUGUUCCUUAAAUUGUAUGUAAAUGUAAUAUUGUGGACAUGUUAUUGAAGGCAUAACAUGAUCAGUAAUUAAAGACAAGACUACCAUUGGGAGAAAUACCUUUCUCUCUCUGUCUUUCAGCCAGUUACAUGUUAAGAGUUGUCAUCGUAUGCUGUAUUCGAUUCUUAGAGUAAACGGUGAUUAACCUUUGUCAAUUGAUCUUUGUAAUGGAGAAGUGGUGUGUUAUUUAACGCACAAAUUAGAGUUUUUUUUAACAUUAUUUUCACAAGUUUUGGUUUUAGAGUGUUGAUGAAGAAACUGAUCAAACUAAGUAAGAUUUGAGGUUUUCACAGCGGUGAGUAUGAAGAUUUGUGUCUUCUGGGUUGUUGCGCUGUGUAGUCUGGUCGAUGUUAACCAACGUUUCAGAGGCCAUACUACCUCC